AUGUUGGGCAAUGUCGGAUCUGCUUCGGCUGAUACACUGGAUACAGUUUCAGAGGAUAUUGCCACUUCUGCUUCACAGAGUCCGUUGGCCAAACGAUCUAAACUCGUCACUGAUGUGGUUUCUACCGAUCUACUUGCAAGUACCGACGCGGAUGCUCCAGAUACUCGUCCCUUCACUCCCAGUGUUGUGCUAGAUGCUGAUGAAACCUCUCCAGCUAGGCCUGCUACUAGCCAAGAUGGUAUUCAACCCGCUCCGUCUCUUGAACCUGCAGAUCUCGGACAGUACGAUCCUUCUUCUUCUGCCGGAACAAGAGAAACAACUCCAAAGCCUCCAACAUUCUCCAAAGAGAAAGAAAUUGAAAAACUCCGCACUCACGGCUCUAUGACUCAGUCCAUCACCGAGAUUGGACGUCUCAAAAACAUCAAUCGUAUCUGCAUGGGCAGUUUUGAGGUCGACACAUGGUACUUUGCCCCUUAUCCCGAAAUCUUUGUAGAAUUAGAUAUGCUCUACAUAUGUGAAUUUUGUUUAGAGCCUGCUGGUACAUUGCGCAUGCUGCAACGUCAUCGCACAAAAUGCACUCUUCGGCAUCCUCCCGGAAACGAAAUUUAUCGCAAAGAUGAUCUUUCCUUUUUUGAAAUCGACGGUCGAAAGCAGCGACGAUACUGUCGUAAUCUUUGCCUCUUGUCCAAACUCUUUUUGGAUCACAAAACCUUGUAUUACGAUGCUGAUCCUUUUCUUUUCUAUCUCAUGACCAAGACUGAUGAAAGGGGAAUGCAUUUGGUGGGCUACUUCUCAAAGGAAAAACAGUCUGCCGAAGAGUACAACGUGGCGUGCAUUUUAACUUUACCGCAGUUUCAGAGAAUGGGAUACGGCAAGCUUUUGAUUCAGUUUUCAUAUGAGCUAUCCAAAAUAGAAAAAAAGACGGGUUCUCCAGAGAAGCCUCUGUCCGACUUGGGCUUGUUGUCCUAUCGCUCUUAUUGGGCUGAUAUCAUCAUUGAACUGUUGCACAACAUGAAGCGUGAUAUCACUGUACAAGAAAUCAGCGAGAUCACAUCCAUCACACCCGAUGAUAUCAUGCACACUUUGCAAACAAUGGACUUGCUCAAAUAUUACCAUGGCCAGUUUGUCCUGUAUUUGAGUGAAAAAAGCAUCAAAUAUUAUGAAAAGAAUGAGGCCAAGAAAAAGGUCAAGAUUGAUCCCACUUGUUUGGUAUGGACACCUCCAAAGUUUAUUGGCGGGCAUUUGCGGUUCGCUUAA